CGUCCUCCGCGUGCUUUCCUCGGAGGACUACAAGCCACGCCUCUCGACGCGCCCAGAAUCUGUCCUACUACGACUCCCGUCAUGCUCCACGCCGCCCACGAUGCUGCGCCGGCUGUCGGCCCACUUCCGCAGGCGACCAAAACUAAGGCACCUGAUGACUUAGUCGCUCCUGUUGUGAAGAAGCCACACAUCUAUUAUGGAAGUUUGGAAGAGAAGGAGAGGGAGCGUCUGGCCAAAGGAGAGUCUGGGAUUUUGGGAAAAGAAGGACUUAAAGCAGGAAUUGAAGCAGGAAAUAUUAACAUAACCUCUGGAGAAGUGUUUGAAAUUGAAGAGCACAUCAGUGAGCGACAGGCUGAAGUAUUAGCCGAGUUUGAGAGAAGGAAGCGAGCCCGGCAAAUCAACGUUUCCACAGAUGACUCGGAGGUCAAGGCUUGCCUUCGGGCCUUGGGGGAGCCCAUCACGCUUUUCGGAGAGGGUCCUGCUGAAAGAAGAGAAAGGUUAAGAAAUAUCCUCUCAGUGGUUGGUACUGAUGCCUUAAAAAAGACCAAAAAAGAUGAUGAGAAAUCUAAGAAGUCCAAAGAGGAGUAUCAGCAAACCUGGUACCAUGAAGGACCAAACAGCCUGAAGGUUGCUAGACUGUGGAUUGCUAAUUAUUCACUGCCCAGAGCAAUGAAACGCUUGGAAGAGGCCCGUCUCCAUAAAGAGAUUCCUGAGACAACCAGGACCUCCCAGAUGCAAGAGCUGCACAAGUCUCUCCGGUCUUUGAAUAAUUUUUGCAGUCAGAUUGGGGAUGAUCGGCCUAUCUCCUACUGUCACUUUAGUCCCAAUUCCAAAAUGCUGGCCACAGCUUGCUGGAGUGGGCUUUGCAAGCUCUGGUCUGUUCCUGAUUGCAACCUUCUUCACACUCUUCGAGGCCAUAACACAAAUGUAGGAGCAAUUGUAUUCCAUCCGAAAUCCACUGUCUCCUUGGACCAAAAAGAUGUCAAUCUGGCCUCCUGUGCUGCUGAUGGUUCUGUGAAGCUUUGGAGCCUUGACAGUGAUGAACCAGUGGCAGAUAUCGAAGGCCAUACGGUGCGCGUGGCCCGUGUAAUGUGGCAUCCCUCAGGACGUUUCUUGGGCACCACCUGCUAUGACCGCUCAUGGCGCUUAUGGGAUUUGGAGGCUCAAGAGGAGAUCCUGCAUCAGGAAGGCCACAGCAUGGGUGUGUAUGACAUUGCCUUCCAUCAAGAUGGCUCUUUGGCUGGCACUGGGGGACUGGAUGCAUUUGGUCGAGUUUGGGACCUGCGCACAGGACGUUGUAUCAUGUUCCUAGAAGGCCACCUGAAGGAAAUCUAUGGAAUAAAUUUCUCCCCCAAUGGCUACCACAUUGCCACUGGAAGUGGUGACAACACCUGCAAAGUGUGGGACCUUCGACAGCGGCGUUGCGUCUAUACCAUCCCCGCCCAUCAAAACUUAGUGACUGGUGUCAAGUUUGAGCCUAUCCAUGGGAAUUUCUUGCUCACUGGUGCCUAUGAUAACACAGCCAAGAUCUGGACCCACCCAGGCUGGUCCCCACUGAAGACUCUGGCUGGCCAUGAAGGCAAAGUAAUGGGCCUAGACAUUUCUUCCGAUGGGCAGCUCAUAGCCACUUGCUCAUAUGACAGGACCUUCAAGCUCUGGAUGGCUGAAUAGGCAGGACCAUGGAAAAAGGACUCUAACUUCAAGCUCUCCCUUAGAAGCCGUUUUCAAAAGAAAGGAAUUCAUGUGUUUUGUUCUAUCAUGUUUUUUGCCAGUUACCAUGUAUAGCCCCAUAGUAGAAUUGGAUUUCCAUGUCAGCCCCCACUCCAGGGAGGCAGCCCAGUCCCUGGGUGUUGGUGAACCCCUUUCAUGGUUGAAAUUUUAAUUUUCAUUUUCAAGCCCUGCCACGAACUGUGUAGACAUUAUUUUUAUUAAUCUUUUGUUUGAAUGCCCUAUUGCCUCUCUCACAGCACUCAGGAUUGUGACUGGCUCCAUUUUUAUUUCUUGAAACUUGGCUUCCCUUUACAUGGUACGUGCUUCAGGACUACCUAUGAUCCACAAAGCAAGGCGACUGGACUGCAGUCUGGAAGCCUUGAGUAAAGAGGCACAUCUCCCCACGCACUGGUUACAUAAUGCCUGGCAGAGCGAGAACCUCUCCUCCACCUUGAGACUUGGGGGGUGAAGAGGUAAACCACAGGUCUGCUCAGGGUGAUGCAGGAAAGAAGAUUUGACCUCUUCCUGUUGAGUUCACUUGGAAUGCUGACAGCAUCAGGAAGCUCAGAACUGAACAUUUGCUUUAUCUGAAAAUGUCUUCCAUUCUGCUUUGAAGUUUGGCAUCCUUCAUGUUACCCCAAAGCUAGGUCAUUGUGUCAAGAUUCAGUGAAAUUUCUGGAAAGCAAACAUGAUGUCUCUAUUGUGCAACUUCCUUUCUAUUGCUUCUUUAAAGGAUGUACCCUUUGUGUCAGGGUAAAUGUGGAAAAAGUCCCUGAUGGGUAUUUCUAAAUAGAAACUUUUUCUUCUUUUUUUACAUAGUUGCUACAGAGUAAAUCCUGUUAUAAAAACUGCCCUUUAAAGAAUUAUUUUGUAAAGCAUUUUCUGAGUCUUAGUCAUUGGUUCAUAGAGGUCCCUUUUUUUGGUUUGAGAUAUAACAAAUCUCAAAUUGGCUUAACUCCAGUUUCUAUCUCUUUAAUAAGCACUCUCAAUAAUGUUUUUAAUUUUUUUUAUUUUAUUUUUUUUGUGUGUGAGGAAGAUCAGCCCUGAGCUAACAUCCAUGCUAAUCCUCCUCUUUUUGCUGAGGAAGACCGGCCAUCUGUUGCCAAUCCUCCUCCUUUUCAUUUUUUCCCCAAAGACCCAGUAGAUAGUUGUAUGUCAUAGUUGUACAACCUUCUAGUUGCUGUAUGUGGGACGCGGCCUCAGCAUGGCUGGAGAAACGGUGCAUCCGUGCGCUCCCGGGAUCCAAACCCAGGCCGCCAGUAGCGGAGCACGCACACUUAACCGCUGAGCCACGGGGCCGGCCCUUCAAUAAUGUUUUUUAAACAGAGAAGGCUGUUGCAUUGUGGGCUAGACUACCAGUGAACUGUAUCUAGACUUUAAUUCUCAUUGGCCAUGCAGAGGUGACCUUAGGCUCUUUCCAUCCCAAAUAUGCAACCACCAACCUCUGAGAGUGUACAGUAAAUUCACACAAAAAUACAGGGAUUUGGAAGAAGAAAGGAUUGUGGAGAGAAUUCAAGAAGGGCUUAUAUGGUGGCUUGUUCUUGAACGUUCAAAACACUUUUCAUUCACUGUUCUGGAGAGGCUGAGAGUGGCUUUGUCUAGCUCUAUUCUGCAAACUAUGGAUGUGUGAUAUAUAGGUAAAUAUUCUGUUUAAUCUGGUUCCAAUUACAACUAAAUAGUCGCAUAUCUUGUAUACCUAUUAAGCAGAAUUCUCAGCUCUACCCUCUGGUGGGCUCUUCACUAUUUAAGUAUUAAUUGGCUCUAUUUCCUCCAUAGUUGGCCAUGAAAAGAAAUUAUUUUUCAUUACUCCCUUGUAGUAUGUGUAAACUAAUACUGAACAUUAGUGUAUUAGCAUGCAAUUUGGGUAUAGUGUGAUAACAGAAGUUUUCAGUUUUUCAAGUUUAAAUUUUACUAUUCUGCUAAA